UAUCAACAACACGUUCUGACCGCAGCAGUCGUGGGAUUGGCAAUCGCAUGGCCGCUGCCGCCGUCGCAUCUCAGAAUCUUUCGACAGAGAGUUUCGGAAUGGCCGGGUACGUCAGUGUACGCGAGUUCUACGCCGGGAAAACACUGUUCAUCACGGGAUGCACCGGUUUUGUGGGAAAAGUGUUACUGGAGAAAAUUCUCCGCUCGUGUACCGAAGUUCGCGCGAUUUACGUCUUGGGUCGAGCUAAACGCGGUCAGACGCUUGAGCAGAGGUUCAGUGAGAUCUUCAAGAGUGCCCUGUUCAAUAAACUCCAGAAAGACUCCCCGCAAGUGUUCACCAAGGUCAAGUACGUCGAUGGCGACAUGCUCAUGGACAACCUAGGUCUCAACGACGGGGACCUCAGCGAGCUCCAAGAACACGUGAAUGUUGUGGUGCACUCGGCGGCGUCGGUUCGCUUCGACGCACCGCUCCGAGAUGCAGUGAGCAUGAAUUUGUGCGGCACCAAGAAACUGCUCGACAUCGCCCGGUCGUUCAGACGACUCGAGGUGUUCGUCCACGUUUCCACUUGCUACGCCAACUGCGAUAACGACGUCGUAGAGGAACGAAUCUACGAUAGCAAAUACGAGAGCGCGAGGAUCAUGGAGAUGGUGGAAUGGCUGGACGACGACGCUAUCGACGCCGUUCAGGACAAGCUCCUGGCCGAGAAACCGAACACUUAUACCUUUACGAAACACCUCACCGAAGUGAUGGUCCAGGACUAUAAGAAAACGGUUCCGUUCUCAAUCACGAUCGUGAGACCGUCGAUUGUGGUGGCUUCGAUGUCGGAACCGUUCCCGGGCUGGGUGGACAACUUCAACGGGCCUAGUGGCAUGAUUUGUGCGAGCGCCUGCGGAUUUCUACGGUCGAUCUACUCGGAUCGACAGAUGAGAACCGACCUGAUUCCCGUGGACGUGGUUGCUAAAACCAUAAUCAUCGCCGCUUGGCGCGCUGGAGUCACCAAGUCACAAGAGAUCGAAGUUUAUAAUUGUGCCAUUGGCGAUCGCGCGCCGAGUUUCACUUGGGGCGAUUUCGAAGGUCUCCAGUCAGACCUGGCCGAAAAGGUGAUCUUCGAUCAUGCUGUUCGUUACCCGUCGCUGAUACUCCGCAAGAACUGGACGCUCCACAGAGCCUCGAUGCUCUUCGAGCACUACCUGCCGGCCUACCUAUGGGACAAGAUCUUACUAAUACUCGGCAAGCAGCCCCAAUUCAUGAAGGUCUACGAGAAACUGAACGCGAUGCAGUCGGCCCUCACUUUCUUCACGACGCAUCAAUGGACAUUCAGAACCGAUAAUCUGGAGCGGUUAUCCGGAUACCUGAGCGAGCAAGACCGCAAGGAAUUCAACAUCGACGUGAGCUCACUGAAGUGGGAGGAAUUCCUAUUGGAUUACGUGCGUGGUCUCCGCGAUUUCGUCUUAAAAGAAACUCACAAACAACCGUCAACACGCUUCCAGAGACUUUACCUUGUACAACAGUUGCAGCGAGUCGCUGUCGUCUUCGCGGUCUACAAAGCGUUCGGCGUAGGGGAAAUACUCUCGAACGCCGCGGAUGCGUAUUUUUAAAACAUAUCGUAUUCUUAGUGGAGACUCAUGAAGAGUGACGAGAGAUUCGGCAGGCAGGCACGCAGGCGUUUAUCGCUCUCUGCCGACUUAUUUUUAAUAUAGAAAUCGGCGAUGUGUCCGGAAUGAGACCGAAGUCUUUGUAAAAUAAAAAACUGGUUCAAUAAAGCU